AUGAAGCCAUCUCUUCUCUCUAUAAAGACAACUAUGAAGCCAUCUCUUCUCUCUAUAAGGACAUCUAUGAAGCCAUCUCUUCUCUCUAUAAAGACAUCUAUAACUAUAAGCCAUCUUCUCUCUAUAAAGACAACCAUCUCUUCUCUCUAUAAAGGAGCUUUUCAUCUUCUCUCUAUAAAGACAUCUAUGAAGCCAUCUCUUCUCUCUAUAAAGACAUCUAUGAAGCCAUCUCUUCUCUCUCUAAAGACAUCUAUGAAGCCAUCUCUUCUCUCUAUAAAGACAACUAUGAAGCCAUCUCUUCUCUCUAUAAAGACAACUAUGAAGCCAUCUCUUCUCUCUCUCUAUAAAGAAACAACUAUGAAGCCAUCUCUUCUCUCUAUAAAGACAUCUAUGAAGCCAUCUCUUCUCUUCUCUCUUCACUCUAUAAAGACAACCAUGAAGCCAUCUCUUCUCUCUAUAAAGACAAACUGA